UCAAUCAGAUUUAACGAGGGAAACCACGCUCUCCGACUCGGUCCCGGAAAACCCACCUGUUUUACUAAUUUUUCCCUCUAAAACAUCAAAGAAGAAGCCAUAAACGCCCUCUCGCUCUCUCUGCAACAUAGAACAGAAACAAAUUUGGAUAUAUAUAUAUAUCUAUAUAUAUACAUAUAUAAUCGUCGUAUUUCCUUUUGUGUUCCGAUGGGGAAGAAAUUCGGCAACAAUCGAGGAUUGAAGAGACACAAAGUGCCCGACAAGUCUGGCUUGAGUAAGCAUGUAACUAAGAGUCGCCGUAUUCAGGAAAAGCAACCUCGUAAUCCCUUGCCCAGUUCCUCAGAUGAGUCAUCGGAAGAGCAAGCUAGCAGUGUGGCUUCGGAAGAAGAAGUAAUUCAUAGAGAGGCUUCAAUGUAUGAUAAUUUAUUGAGGUCACUGCGGCCGUGUAGCAAAUCUGUUGAUGAUGCGUGUAAAAAGAGACAAAGAUGGGGGGAAGUUGGCAAAAGUGACUCUGAAGAAGAUGAAGAUGAUGACCAUGAUUCUUUUACAGUGUCAGAGGAAGAUAAUAAUGAAGAAGAAAGUUUACUUCAAGGGGCUGACAUGGUUGAAACUGGGGACCAAAGUGAAGAUGCUGAAAUUGAAGAUGACCGUGAGGCCUCUGAUACAGAUCAAGAACAUGAUGUUGGAGUGAAUGAUCACUCUUCUGCUGUAGGAUUGGAUUUCAUGAGUUCCUCUAGUAUACACCUUGGGCGCAAGCUAUCAAAAGAAGAAGUUGAGAAUCUGCCACAAAAGAAAUGGAAAUAUAAGUGGGAGGUGCCUGCUGUUGGGAUGUCAAAUUGCAAGUGGAUGGGAACUGGAGACUGUUUCCUAAAGGGUUGGAUGUGUAUAACACAUCUGGAAGGAAUGAUUUUCAUUCAUCUAAAGAGAGAUUAUUCUUUUCCCUUUGCAACAGCUAUCGGGAUAUUCUGCACUGUGAAAAGAAACCCUUUUAUCUCAAAGGCCUGGAAGAAGACUCAAGUAUCAUGGAUGCUUACAUUAUGCAUUCUCUGAAUCAUGUCUUCAGAACUAGAGAUCUUGUGACAAAGAAUGAUUCAAAACUGGCGAAGCAUCCAGAGAUUGCUGACAGUGAAAUUUUUGAUGGUGAUAGUUUCCGUGACCAAGGGUUUACCCGUCCUAAGGUUUUGAUCCUAUUGCCACUUAGAAACAUUGCGCUACGUGUUGUUCAGAGGCUAAUUCAAUUGACCCCUACAGGUUACAAGGUUAAUGUGGAGCACAUUGACCGUUUCGUUAAAGAAUUUGGAACUCAAAAGGAUGAAGACAAUGGGGACGCGGAGGAGUUAUUGGGAAAUUUAAAAGCUCAGAAGUCUUCAAAGCCUUUUGACUUUCAAGCACUUUUUAGUGGGAAAAGGGAUGAAGAAGAUCAAUUUAUGUUUGGAAUUAAGAUUACCAGGAGGAGCAUAAGGUUGUACAGUGAUUUCUAUUCCUCAGACAUAAUUGUUGCUUCUCCAGUUCGUUUGAUUGGGAAAAUUUGGGAGGCUCAAAAGUACAAGGAAAAAGAUGUUGAUUAUCUUUCUUCUAUAGAGGUUCUAAUAGUAGAUCAUGCAGAUGUCAUAGGAAUGCAAAAUUGGUCCCAUGUGAAUACAGUUGUUGAAGAAUUGAACCACAUUCCAUCUAAGCCGCCUGGAACUGAUAUUAUGCGCAUUAGAUAUUGGUAUCUGGAUGGAUUUGCGAGGUUUUAUAGGCAAACAAUUAUUUUGGGUUAUUAUUCUAACCCAGAUAUCAAUGGAUUGUUCAAUCGCCAUUGCAUUAAUUACCAAGGAAAGGUGAAGUCGGUAUGUGAGUAUAAAGGUGUUCUUCCAAAAGUCUUACUCCAAGUACGGCAGAUAUAUGAGCGAUUUGUUGUGGACUCAAUAAUAGAUGCUGACGAUGCUCGUUUUGAAUAUUUUGUUAAGAAGGUAUUCCCAAAGAUAAAGGAUUCGGUUCAGGGGGGAGUUAUGUUAUUUAUCAGUUCUUACUUCGAAUUUGUUCGAAUUCGAAAUUUUUUGAAGUCACAGGAAGCAUCUUUCUGUCUGCUUGGGGAGUACACAAAACAAAGUGAUAUUUCUCGUGCACGAGUUUGGUUCUUUGAAGGAAGGCGGAAAAUUAUGCUUUACACCGAGAGGGCUCACUUUUACUAUAGAUACAAGAUUCGUGGUAUUCAAAAUUUAAUAAUCUAUUCACUCCCAGAGAGGAAGGAGUUCUACCCUGAGAUUGUUAAUAUGCUUGAUGGUUCCCAUAAUAUGUCAUGCACGGUGCUAUUUUCUCGCUUUGACCAAUUCCGGUUGGAGAGAAUAGUUGGAACUGCUCCAGCAAAAAGGAUGGUGACCUCGGAGAAGGAUGUCUUUGUUUUCUGUUAAAUGACUUUUCUGAGCUCCUGAGGCUCUAGCAAAUGCAAGAUAGCUUAUGUAUUUGAAAAGCCAAAGUGGUAACUCCAUUGCCUACAAGCACCGGAGAAUACAAGCUUCAUUCAUCUGUCUUCACAUGCCUUUAGAGACUGUCUUUGACCCUAUGCUAACUAACAAUGAGGGCGACUGUGUCUUGAAAGGAUGCUUGAAGCCAAUCUUGCAUCUGGAGGAUUUGAUCAUUUUUGACAUUGAGCACUUAAGAACUUGCUUUUUGUUCUCUUCUUUUCACCCACUUUCUGUUAUUUUAUUUAAGUACUUGAUUUGUAUUUCUUGAAGAGUUGUAUAGAGAAAGAGGCACAAAGCAGGAUCCUGGUAGAAUUUUUUUAACUUCCAAAUUUUUGUUACUUGCUCUUUGGAGUUUUUUUUUUUUUUUUUUUUUAGCUACAUACUUUCUAUCUGUUUUAUCAAAUAGUAAGUGGAUCAUAAUGUUAACAGCUGCUAUCCUGCUUCAUAGA